UGAAAGUGCAAAACAAGAUUUUGUAAUCUCGCCAUUUUUGCCACCACAGCUCCGGCACUGGCAGCCCCGCCGGCGACCAGCCGGACGUCGUCGCUCUACCUCUACGGUGGCGAGGCCACAAAAAUCGAGUCUUUUCCUCCUACUUCUCCAGGACUCCUCUCCGGUCGUCUUCUUCCUGCGGAAAAAGUAGGAACCCUCCAAGAAAACCUGACGUCGCGCCGCGCAGCCCCUCCACCGCUCACCGCCUCCUCCCCCCACCGCCACCUCGCGAGGCUGAAGGAUACCGGGCGGAGCCAAAACCUGACGGGUGUCAGCGCGCGCAGCCAGCCCCUCUCGUCGUCUUCUUGCCGCACCGCACCGCGCGGGGGGCGGUGGCGGUGCUAGUGACGGUGGACGGAGGGGGGCCUUGCCUGCUCGGUGAUCUGACGCGUCCGUCUUCAAGUUGUUAGCAAAAUGGCCGAGGUGCAUCUGUCGAGUUUUGCGAUCUCUGUUCUUAGAAAGGCGUCCUUCUGUGCUGCCAGUGAGAUUAAAUCAGCUUGGAACUUCAAGAAAGAAGUGGGGAAGUUGGAAAGAUCUCUCAAGUCCAUCUGUGGUGUUCUUAAAGAUGCAGAGCACAAGCAAUCUACUUCUUGUGCUCUUCAAGUGUGGCUAGAAGAUUUAAAGGAUAUUGUCUACGACAUUGAUGAUGUUCUGGAUGAUGUGUCCACCAAAGAUUUGGAGCAAAAGGUUCAUAAUGGUUUCUUUGCGGGGGUCAAUCGGCAGCUUGUUUACCCGUUUGAAUUGAGCCAUAAGAUAAAAGCAGUUCGUCAAAAGCUUGAUGAGAUAGCAGCUAACAGAAGGGAGUUUUCAUUAACUGAGGAGACUAUAGAUACCCAAUUUUGCAGUAGCAGUACCAGAGAAACACAUUCUUUCAUCAAUGAAUUAGACAUUGUUGGUAGAGAGCAAGCAAAAAACAAGAUUGUUGAAAUCAUACUGAGUGCUGCAGAUGCAUAUGCUUUUUCUGUGCUUCCUAUUGUUGGUUUAGGAGGCAUAGGAAAAACUGCACUGGCAAAACUAGUGUACAACGAUGUGAGGAUUAAGAAAAGGUUUGAGAAGAACUUGUGGGCUUGUGUAUCUAAUGUAUUUGAUCUAAAGAAGAUACUAGAUGACAUAAUCCAAUCAGAUACAGGUGAAAGCAACAAACAACUGAGCCUGCAAACACUACAAAACAAGCUUCGUGGGCUUUUACAGGAAAAAGGAUAUUUACUAGUACUCGAUGACAUAUGGAGUGAUAAUGUUAAUGAUUGGGAACAACUUAAAAACCUGCUAUCUAGCGGUGGAAGAGGAAGUGUGGUUGUAGUCACCACACGUAAUAUGAAUGUGGCGUCGGUGGUGAAGACAUUGGAGCCAUACUGUGUGGCAGAGCUUUCUUUUGAUGAAUGUAUGCAAGUAUUUAUUCGCUAUGCAUUCAGAGCCGAGGAAAAAAAGGACGCAAUGUUGUUAGAAAUUGGCAAAUGUAUUGUGGAGAAAUGCCAUGGCGUUCCCUUGGCAGCUAAGACAUUAGGAUCUGUAUUGUUUGGCAAACGGGAUCAUAAGGAGUGGUCACUUGUUAAGGAUGCAAAUCUGUGGACUAUUGAGCAAAAUAAAUGUGAUAUAUUACCAGCCUUAAAAUUGAGUUAUGAUGCACUUCCACCUCAUCUGAAGGCAUGCUUCUCUUGCCUAUCUGUUUUUCCAAAAGACUACAUAAUUUUGAGAGAGCUUUUAAUUAUGUUCUGGAUGGCACUAGGGUUAUUGCAUAAAACCAGAGAAGGUGAUGAAAUAGAAACUACUGGAGGACAAUACUUUAAUGAACUGGAUCAAAGAUCUCUUUUCCAGGACCAUUAUGUUCUUUAUAAUGGCUCAAUUCAAAGCUGUAAAAUGCAUGAUCUUGUCCAUAAUCUUGCGGUAUUUGUGUGCCAUAAGGAGCAUGCUGUCGUUAAUUGUGAAAGUAUAGAUUUAUCUGAAAAGGUUAGGCACCUCGUAUGGGAUCACAAGGACUUCUCAACAGAGAUUGAAUUUCCUAAGCAUCUGAGAAAGGCAAACAAGGCAAGGACAUUUGCAAGCAUUGACAACAAUGGGACCGUGAGUAAAGCUUUCCUUGACAACUUCUUUUCAACCUUUACACUCCUUCGCGUUCUUAUUUUUUCCGACGUUGAUUUUGAUGAGCUACCAAGUUCAAUUGAAAAUCUAAAGCACUUAAGGUACCUGGAUCUACAAUGGAAUGGGAAAAUUAAGUUCUUACCAAAUUCCCUAUGUAAGUUGGUGAACUUGCAAACACUGCAACUUAGUCGGUGUGACAAAUUAGAGAAGAUGCCAAGAGAUGUGCAGAGACUUAUAAGCCUUAGAUUCUUGUGCCUUACACUGAAGAAUAAGUAUUUAUCUGAACAUGAUGGAUUUUGUGGUUUGACUUCCCUGAAAUUUCUGUUCUUAAAUUCAUGUGUUGAGUUAUCAUCUUUGACAAAUGGAUUUGGUAAUCUAACUUCCCUUCGAAAGCUCUUCAUCUUCAACUGUCCAAAGUUGACGUCUCUACCCUCAACCAUGAAUCAGCUCUGCGUACUUCAAGCAUUAUCAAUUAAUAAUUGCUAUGAAUUGGAUUUGUUGGAACCUUCAGAAGCCAUGGGUGGCCUGACUAGCCUUGAUGUGCUCCAACUUGUUGGGCUUCCCAAGCUAGUCUAUUUUCCAGAGAGCUUUAUUUCUGCUGCUACCUCUCUUCAAUAUUUUGGUAUUGGAAAUUGCAAUGGGUUAAAGAAACUGCCAGAUUUCAUUCAAAGUUUCACCUCUCUCAAGAAAAUCAUGAUCAAUGACUGUCCUGAGUUGAGCAGAAGAUGUGCUGUUAAAUCAGGGGAGGACUUCCCUCUCAUUUCCCAUGUUCCCCAAAUAACAAUUGACAAGAAGACAUAUCGGAAAAUUACUCCAUCUCAUCCAGAGUGUUCUUCAAAAUGUGUGAUCAGCAAGCAAAGGUAAAGUAUAUCUGUGACUGUCAGGCUAUAUUCAUUUGUUGACGCAUAAAAGGUAAACUAGUAGAGAAACUCUACCUUAUAGCCAUGUCGAGCUAUAUCCCUGCUAGAGGUUUAUUUUGCCAUUUAUGAUGAGUUUCUGUUAUAAUUGCAUCUGUGUUCAUUUUUCCCGAAAUUGUUUCUGUUUAAAUGCACUGGAGAAGUCCAGUUUCUGUUACGGUGGUGUCUUCCAAUUCUCCUUUCCAUCGUUGGCACUGAUCCCUUGAUCCUUGACACGGUAGCAGCGUGAGAUGUAUUUUGUAGUGCACGCUCUUUGCUUCCCUCUAACCCCACGCAGCCACACCUAAUACAAUAUCGGUGUGUUUUUCACCUUCAGGUUUCAUUCCAUGCUUUGUUUUAAACACAUAUUUUCAGUAUUAUCUGAAUAGUUUGGUGGGUGAGAGAUUCUGUGGUGCCUUUCUUCCGUUGGAGCAAACAGAGGUGG